AAAAAGGAAAAGAAAAAAGAAUAAGAAAAAGGACACAGUGGUCCUAUCUUAAACGGGAUAUGUUACUUGGAGUAAGAGACCUGAGGCUGACGAGGAGUAAUUACAUUGUUCUGUUUCCUGGAGUAGGGUUGAGACUUUAGAGUACCAAUUACCAUGAAUUAAUAUUUAAUUUAAUUUGAAAUUUGAUAGUAUUUGAUUUGAUACUCCAAUUGAUAUCAACUCAGCAUCAGCAUCAACAUCAACAUCAACAUCAACAUCAACAUCAUUCUGUUGUCUUGUUUCUCCGUCGGUGGUUGGCUGGCUGGUUGCCUGCUGUUCUUCAAGCGGUAGCUUUCGAUAAUCUAAACCUACAAUGGAGAACGAGAGGAGAUCGUCGUCAGUAUCAGAUGUCGGAGCUUGGGCUAUGAACAUUGUCAGCUCCGUCGGUCUCAUUAUGGCCAACAAGCAGCUUAUGUCUUCUCAUGGUUAUGCCUUCAGCUUCGCGACAAGCUUAACUGGUUUUCACUUCACUGUAACUGCUCUGGUUGGCCUAAUUUCUAAUGCCACUGGCUACUCUGUGUCCAAGCAUGUUCCUGCUUGGGAGCUUCUUUGGUUUUCCAUUGUUGCCAACAUGUCUAUUACUGGAAUGAAUCUUAGUCUUAUGCUCAAUUCUGUUGGCUUUUACCAGAUAUCAAAGCUUAGCAUGAUUCCUGUCGUUUGCGUUAUGGAAUGGAUUCUUCACAACAAAAAUUACUCCAAGGAAGUUAAGAUGUCUGUUGUUUUUGUGGUUAUUGGUGUCGGAAUUUGCACUGUAACUGAUGUCAAAGUCAAUGCUAAAGGUUUUAUAUGUGCCACUGUGGCUGUGCUCUCCACUUCAUUGCAACAGAUUUCAAUAGGUUCUUUACAGAAGAAAUACAAUAUUGGAUCGUUUGAGUUGCUCAGUAAAACGGCACCUUUCCAAGCCAUCUCUCUUCUAGUGCUUGGUCCAUUUAUUGAUUAUUAUCUGAAUGGAAAAUUCCUACUGACAUACAAGAUGUCUACUGGUGCACUUCUAUUCAUACUACUUUCAUGCUCCUUGGCGGUGUUCUGCAAUGUUAGUCAGUACCUCUGUAUAGGACGCUUUUCGGCAGUUUCCUUCCAGGUACUGGGUCAUAUGAAGACAGUUUGUGUCUUGACAUUGGGCUGGCUGCUCUUUGAUUCAGAGAUGACUUUGAAAAACAUAAUGGGCAUGGCAAUUGCAGUUAUGGGUAUGGUUGUUUACAGUUGGGCUGUGGAAGUUGAAAAGCAGGCAGCUGCUAAGGCUGCCCACCAUGCCAAAAACAGUCUGACUGAAGAGGAAAUUAGAUUGUUGAAGGGAGACUUGAAUGCCACCCCCGUGAAGGAUGUUGAGCUUGGGGAACCAAAGGCAUAAGUAUUGUAUAACUUGCUAUUAUGUCGGAGUGAAGUAUUCUUGUGCGAUUUAUCGGCAAUCACCCAUUUUGCCGAACAACUUCGUGUUCACAUACAGGGAUGGCAUGUAUUUCUAUCACAUCGAGUAGCCUGUAAUUCUUUUGUUUCUUACCAUCAUUAUCAAUUGUUUCUAAAACAGCUAUGUGACAUAAUUUAAAUGUAACAUAUUUAAAGAGAACACCAUUGUAUUUGGACUGCCAAUUUAAGCUUUUCUUGGUCUUUAAAA